AUGGCUUCUUCCAUCAAAAUCUCUAGGCUCAUUUCUCGCUCAAUUUCUUCUGCAUCUUCUUCUACCUUGUUCUCUCGAGGUGGGAAUGGCGGUUAUCGGGGUGGAUUACUUGCUAAAUAUAGCACAGCUGCUGUUGUUGAUGAACAGCCGAUUAAACCGUUGGUGCAAGUAGAGCAUAUUGGGCUCUUAAUUGAUGGAAAGUUUGUUGAUGCUGCUUCUGGGAAAACAUUUCCAACAUUGGAUCCAAGGACCGGGGAAGUGAUUGCCCAUGUUGCGGAGGGUCACUCUGAAGAUAUUGAUAGGGCUGUUGCAGCUGCACGCAAAGCAUUCGAUAUAGGCCCGUGGCCUAAGAUGACAACCUAUGAAAGCAAAAGAUAA